GAUUCAUUUUUAGUUUGCUGGAUAAUACCAUAUUGUACAGUACUGUAACAUUUGCAUUGGCCUUGUGCGCUGGCCCUCUGAUAUGUGCUUAUCAAUCAAAUAAGUGGUGCACCUAAUGAAUUUUGCACGUUGUGUGUGAAUACAUAUUUUCACAAGUUCGAUGCGGCAUGUUGUACAUUCAGAACGUUAUGUUUAAUAGUAAAACCCCUCAGUUUCAGAAGUUUCGAGGUCUUCAGUGGGGAAUCAUUAUAUAGCACUGUGUUGUGGCAUGUAAAGUUAACAUCCUUCUUUCCACAUAAUAUUAGAAUACGAAACGCACAGUAAUACGUUUGGCCUUGCCCCAAUAUAAAAUUCCUUUAUUUUUGGAACACAAUAAAACAUUUGGUUAAAAUUGUGUAGGCUUCCUUUUGCCAUUGUGAUGCAGGAAUUUUACGCUGCUAAGGUACUGAUAUCUCAUUUAAACUGUACAGUGAUUUAUAUAGCUCGCUACUUUAUUAAUCGGUGCAUAAAUUAAUAUACCUAUUAAUCAUUAAGUGCUUACAUAAGAUAAAAUUGCUAGCUAAGUACCAAAGUUAUGUAGUUUGUCCCUGGUGUAGUACCGUAGCCAUUUUCUUGUCAGGAAAACGCCAAAGGAAAAGAAUAACAAGAGUCCUUUCAUGUGUGCUCGCGGGUGAAGAACGUCAUGACACUGCCCCAAAGAGAAUAUUGAACAAAACAAAUGACCUAUACAGGGGAAACUGCAUUGGUCGAUCUUGAUUGACAUCAUUAAAAAAUAUAUUUAAAAAAAACUACCAAACCAGCAAAACGUACAUUGGCAACACUGGAGUAGUGAUAUUUACCCCGCAGCAAGAAUAGUUUCUCAGUAAUAUUAGCAGCGUGAAUGCGUUCAGUCAGCCAGCAAGAAAAAUCUAAAUUCCAGCGUCGGGGAUCACUGUUUUGAUUUUCCAGGACAGACAAGAAGUGGAGGCGGUACAUAGCUUCAGACCAUCGAUGCGUUCUGUGCGCAGGGAAUGAAAGUUUUAGCUUGAAAGGAGAGUGAGAAUUCAAUGUAAACAUUCCUGCACCGUGAUGCUGAAUUCGGGCCAUAGCCGGUCAGAUAACGAUUUUAGGAGUAAGGCUUAGGAAAAUUUUUAAGGCUGGCUCACGAGAAAUUUAAUUUAAUAACGUUACUAGCUGACGUUAGCAAGGUAUGGCUGCAGUUUCGAGGCGUGCGUGGGUAGACUAGCUAGUCACAUUAGACGCGGACAUAGGCGAUAGCUUGCUUGCGUCCUUGCUAGGCAGGCUUCUUGUUUUCAUGUUUUUAGCUCAUUUUUUUUUUAAAAAUUACAGAAGCUGUACAUUUUUCGUUAUUUACUUGUCUUUUUAGCUAUGCUAAACAGGCGUAUAGUGUACCGCUGGGAAAACGCACAGUGUUGCCGAAAUGAAGGAGAGAUGGGAAUGCAGCAUUCAGAACAAUAUUUGAUUUCCGUUGAUUUUCUGCUGCUACUAGAGUAGUUUUGUUAUAACCAAUAUAGUAAUGCUGUUUAGAAAUUGGUUGUAGAACAGGUAACGUUAGCCAAUUGUGUAUUUCUCCCUGACUAAUUUAGCCAGUUAGGGAGCCAACGCACGUAAUCUCCCUUGCUCACCGUUACGCACUGAAAGUGGGGACAGAUGCAAAGGAAAUCUAAAUAGAUGGCUAGCUAAAUUAAUAUACAAGUUAGCAUUAUGAAAAUAAUUUUCUUUCGGUCUGUUUUGAAUCAAUCUUAGCCUGUUCAUUUUCGCAGUUAGUUGCUUGUUGGCCAAAUACCAAGCCUGCUAGCACUAACUUAUCGGUUGUAUGUUUAAAACGCAUCAAGCUGUUUUAGUAUUAGCCACUGUUUUCAAAUAAAAUAGAUAAUACCUCCGAAAAUUCAUUUUGUUUAGCUAGCGCUUACUAACCACCUUUAGCUGUUGAAGUUUGGUCGAAAAUGUCUGAAAACGCCCCUACGCGAAGCUUGGAUGACAUAGACCUCGCAGCUUUGCGGGACCCAGCUGGGAUCUUCGAGCUGGUUGAGGUUGUGGGCAAUGGAACUUAUGGACAGGUGUACAAGGGUCGUCAUGUUAAGACCGGCCAGCUCGCUGCCAUCAAGGUGAUGGAUGUGACGGAGGAGGAGGAGGAGGAGAUCAAAGCGGAGAUCAACAUGCUGAAGAAGUACAGCCACCACCGCAACAUCGCCACCUACUACGGGGCCUUCGUCAAGAAGAGCCCACCCGGGCACGAUGACCAGCUCUGGCUGGUGAUGGAGUUCUGUGGGGCUGGCUCCGUCACAGACCUGGUGAAGAACACCAAGGGGAACUCCCUGAAGGAGGACUGGAUCGCCUACAUCUGCAGAGAGAUCCUGAGGGGCCUCUCUCACCUCCACGCCCACAAGGUCAUUCACCGGGACAUUAAGGGUCAGAAUGUGCUGCUUACUGAAAAUGCAGAGGUCAAACUGGUGGAUUUUGGGGUGAGCGCACAGCUGGACAGGACCGUGGGGCGCAGGAACACCUUCAUCGGCACGCCCUACUGGAUGGCUCCGGAGGUCAUAGCCUGCGACGAGAACCCCGACUCCACCUACGACUUCAGGAGUGAUAUCUGGUCUCUGGGGAUCACAGCAAUAGAGAUGGCUGAGGGAGCUCCACCGCUGUGCGACAUGCACCCAAUGAGAGCUCUCUUCCUCAUCCCACGGAACCCGCCUCCUAAACUCAAAUCCAAGAAAUGGUCUAAGAAGUUCAUAGACUUCAUAGAGGGGUGCCUGGUGAAGACGUACCCCAGCCGACCCUCCACCGAGCAGCUGCUGAAGCACUCCUUCAUCCGGGACCAGCCCACCGAGAGGCAGGUCCGCAUCCAGCUCAAGGACCACAUCGACCGCACCCGCAAGAAGAGGGGAGAGAAAGAGGAAACUGAGUAUGAAUACAGUGGCAGUGAAGAGGAGGAUGAGAACAGAGGGGAUGAGAGAGAGUCAAGCUCCAUCCUGAACGUGCCGGGCGAGUCGACUCUGAGGCGGGACUUCCUGCGCCUGCAGCAGGAGAACAAGGAGCGGUCGGAGGCCCUGCGGAGGCAGCAGGCCCAGCUGGCGGCUCAGCGCCGCGACCCCGAGGAGCACAAGAGGCAGCUGCUGCACGACCGGCAGAAGCGCAUCGAGGAGCAGAAGGAGCAGCGGCGCCGCCUGGAGGAGCAACAGAGGAAGGAGCGCGAGAUGGUGAGACAGCAGGAGAAAGGCCCCCACCGCCGAAUGGAUGAUCUCAGGAGGGAGGAGGAUCGGAGGAUGGCUGAGAGGGAGCAGGAGUUCAUAAGACAUAAAUUGGAAGAAGAGCAGCGGCAGUUAGAAAUUCUGCAGCAGCAGCUGCUUCAGGAACAGGCCCUGCUCAUGGAUGAGGUGAACAGCGCUGAGCACGUCCUAUCCUCGCGUCGCUCUCAGGAGUACAAGCGCAAGCAGCUGGAGGAGCAGCGGCAGUCGGAGCGGCUGCAGAGGCAGCUGCAGCAGGAGCAUGCGUACCUGGUCUCACUGCAGCAGCAGCAGCAGCAGCAACAGCAACAGCAGCAGCAGGACAAGAAGCCGCAGCUCUACCACUAUGGCAAGAACCUGGAGCCCAACAACAAGCCCGCCUGGGCCCGAGAGGUGGAGGAACGUACUAAGCUCAACAGACAGGGUUCCCCCAAGAUUUGCUCCACCGUUUCAGACACUGCCAUCCAAUCACGAUCUGAUUCUAUCUGCCAAUCAGGCAUCGGGCAAGCCGCCCAAACCCCACCCAUGCAGAGGCCUGUCGAACCACAGGGUGGGCAGGGCAAGUUCCAGAUGGCCCACCUGGUCCCCCUAAAGCCCUACGCCGCCCCCGUCCCACGCUCCCAAUCCCUGUGCGACCAGCCCACUAAGAACAUGUCUGCGUUCCCCACCCAGGACCCCACCCCCACCCCCCGCUCCAUCCCCUCUAGGGAACUCGUCCGCCAGAACUCUGACCCCACCUCCGAGAGCCCCGCCCCCCAGGCCUGGCCAAUCAAGGAUGACCGUGGGCCUUGGAUCCGCCUGCAGGAGCUGGAGCAGCCACCCAAGGUGCCGCAGAGGACGACCUCCAUUGCAACAGCGCUGAACACCAACCUGUCAUCUGGCAUCAGGCACCCAGUGAGAGCCAGUAACCCUGACCUGAGCCGCAAUGAUCGCUGGGAGAGAGGGGACAGUCUGAGCGUGGUGGCCAACCUGCCUCAGACCGGCUCCCUGGAGAGGCACCGGAUACUCAGCUCCUCGAAAAUGGACUCCCCUCCCAUCCUGCACCAGGAAGGACGGCACAAACCAGGGGACUCGCGCACCUCCAGCCGGCCCAGCCGCCCCGCGAGUUAUAAGAGAGCUAUAGGAGAGGAUCAUGGUCUUUACGCUAAGGAGCGUCCGGAGGAGCCCCCAAGACCCCCGGCCAAGGCCAAUGACUACUCCUCCUCCUCCGACAGCAGCGAGAGCAGUGAGGAGAGCGAGAGUGGAGAGGGAGCAGAGGAGGACCAGAGCCCCUCUGACCGCCCUCGGGAAGCAGACACAGACUCUGUAAACACCAUGGUGGUUCAUGAGGAGGAGGGAGAGGGAGGAGAGGAGCAGCAGGCUGGGGGCUAUGGGGACCAAACCAUGCUGGUGCAGAGGACCCCGGAGAAGCGCAACCACAACAGUUACACAAACCUGCCGGACGUGGUGCAGCCAUCCCACUCUCCAACCGAGACCAGCUCUCACUCCUCCCCCGGGAAGGAUGGGGCCUGCGAUUAUCAGUCUAGGGGAUUGGUCAAAGCAUCCGGUAAAUCUUCCUUCACUACCUUUGUUGAUCUUGGGAUGUACCAAACACCAGGAGGGGCGGGAGAGCCCAUCAGUGCAGCAGGCUUGGGCUCCAGGUUCGAGCAGCUGAAGCUGGAGGUGAGGAAAGGCUCGAUGGUGAACGUGAACCCGACCAACACCCGCCCCCACAGCGACACCCCCGAGAUCCGCAAGUACAAGAAGAGGUUCAACUCCGAGAUCCUGUGCGCUGCUCUGUGGGGGGUGAAUCUACUGGUGGGUACUGAAAACGGGCUAAAGCUGCUGGACCGCAGUGGACAGGGGAAGGUGUACCCCCUCAUCAACUCCCGCCGGUUCCAGCAGAUGGACGUCCUGGAGGGGCUCAACCUGCUCAUCACCAUAUCAGGUAAGAAGAACAAGGUGCGCGUGUACUACCUGGCCUGGCUACGCAACAAGAUCCUGCACAAUGACCCUGAGGUGGAGAAGAAGCAAGGCUGGACCACCGUGGGGGAGAUGGAGGGGUGUGUGCACUACAAAGUGGUGAAAUACGAGAGAAUCAAGUUCCUGGUGAUCGCUCUGAAGAAUGCAGUGGAGGUGUAUGCCUGGGCUCCUAAGCCUUAUCAUAAGUUCAUGGCUUUCAAGUCCUUUGGUGACCUGCCACACAGGCCUCAGCUGGUUGACCUGACAGUAGAGGAGGGUCAGAGGUUAAAGGUCAUUUAUGGGUCCAGCGCAGGGUUCCACGCCAUUGACGUGGACUCAGGAAACAACUAUGAUAUCUACAUCCCUGUACACAUCCAGAGCCAGGUGAUGCCCCACGCCAUCGUGUUCCUGCCCAGCUCGGACGGCAUGGAGAUGCUGCUCUGCUACGAGGACGAGGGCGUCUACGUCAACACCUACGGGCGCAUCAUCAAGGACGUGGUGCUGCAGUGGGGCGAGAUGCCCACCUCUGUCGCUCAUAUCUGCUCCAAUCAGAUCAUGGGCUGGGGGGAGAAAGCCAUAGAGAUCCGCUCUGUGGAGACCGGCCACCUGGAUGGAGUCUUCAUGCACAAGAGAGCCCAGAGACUCAAGUUCCUGUGUGAGAGAAAUGACAAGGUGUUCUUUGCCUCUGUGCGUUCUGGGGGCAGCAGCCAGGUCUACUUCAUGACUUUGAACAGGAACUGCAUCAUGAACUGGUGAAGCGGAGGCGGCCGCGUCCCCCUGUCUGUCUGUGCGAUCGUCCGUGUGUCUGUCUGCCUGGCUGAGAGAACGGGCUCCCUCCUCCCUGCGUAGGAGAGCGAGGUGGGGGGGCGGGGGGGCCGAGGUGCACACAGAGAGAAUCACCCCCGUCUUACACCCAUUGUCUCCUGAGCUCCUCGCCUCUCUCAUCCGAUUUCAGCGUGCUGUCUCCGUACCCCAAUGGCCAACUCAGGCUCUCUGUCCGACCGAGGCACCUCGCCACUGAACAAUUCGCAUUCUCUGUUCAUAUUGUCCACCACCUUGAUCGAUGGAAAGCCAAAAUAUUACACAAAGCACAAAUACAGUUGUACAUAUUUCUGUCAUGUUGUACCUCUGAUGUGUUACUUCCACGGUUGGGCACCUGGUUACUUAAAUGUUUAUAAUAUUCCUGUUCUUCAUUUGGUCCGAGACCCACAGCAUCUUUCAGAGCGAUUGUUUUUGGUUAGCGAAACAGAGAUAUGGAGACAUGCUUAGAGGCACAAUGUUACAAACAUUUUCAGAAAAGGCAAGCCUGUCAUGAGGUUGCCCUAGCAUAGAGGAAAUGGCCUUGAAGUGUCUGGCAGUGGGUCCCCCUACUGAUGUGGAGUAUCAUAGCAAAGCGGCUAACGUUCUUCAGCAUCUUUGGUAAUAGCUGAAACUGCAGAAGGGCAUGUGCUUCACGGUUGAGUGUUUUUUUCAUAUAUAUUUUGUUUGUACUGAAUGUUCAGUAUUAUGAUCUGUUGGGUAAAUGGAAGAAAUUUCCCUAUGAAACCAAUUUGUGCUCACAGAUGGGGAAAUUGCAAAGGGAGCUCUCUACUGCAAUAAGUGCAGAUCGUCCGUGCACUGCAUGGAGCCUUGCGUGUCAGAUGGACCAGCUGGGUUAUUUUAUUGCAUUGUUUGUUUCUGUGAGAAUAAGAGGUCAGAGGAAUAUCAGUAAUAAAUAGUUUAUUCAUUGAGACUUUUUCUAGUUAAUUUUAUCUGUAAAUAUCUUGAGAUUACCUAUUACACUAUAGCUGUAUUUGUUAUUAUCCAUUGUGAGUUUAUGUAGUUUGAAGAGGGCGUUUAUGUUCAGCUAUUUUAUUGUUGGCUUCAGGGUGAAGUUUGAGACUGACGUGAAGAGUGACACAGGAGGCCUGGCAGUAAGGUGGGAAUCAUGGGAUUUUUAGAAACGAAAUGCGCUUCGGAGGGAAUUCACGCUAAAUCAGAAUUAAACUUAAUUGCUCAGCCCUGCCCUCUGCACAGCGUGUAGCUGUAGGGAAAAGCAUAACCCUUUUGAAAAUGCAUUCACAGUGCAGUGUUUACUGACUGUGCCUGGGUGAGAGCUGGAGUUCUGGGGGCUCAGUGGGGUUUGUUGUGGAGUAACGAGGCUGUGGCCAUUAGGGUUGGGUCGGUUUCCGGUUUUGCCGGUCCGGUCCGGUGUACGAGCUUAAACCGGUUUGAUUUUAUGGGAACCGACUGAACCGACAUUUGUCAUUAUGGGAGGUUCUGGCAAAUUAAAAAGUAGCCUACAUCAGCAACCUGUGCCAACGGCGCUAAAGCCAAUUUGUAUUGCAUUAGUAAUAAGCAAUAUGACAACGUGAUUAACAUAAUAUUAUGUUUGUUUAUAAACGGAGCCACUAGUGUCUGAGAUUGACAGGCCGUGCGCAAUUUAGUGGCCAGCAACAAGGAGAUCAAAUUUCAGUAGACCACGACAUUUAUUUUGCCUUUUUGUAUAGCCAUUUCCGUGGAUAAAAUCGCAUUUAUUAUUAUUAUUUUAUGUUAAAAACAUUUAAUUUAUAUCCAGGGAGAUAGUCAACUAGCAAGUUAGAUGACAUGUUUAGCCAUUUACUAAUACCAUCGCAUUUCAGGCUGGAAAAUAAACCUUUAAACCAGAGAAAUUGCUGAGUUGUCUUAGAAUCUUUAUCGCAACAGGAUGUAUCAUGGCUGGCAGAGUCCGCAUAGCAACGGAGGCUGUUAUGAAACGUUAACUACAUCACAUAACAGCCGUUUUAGAAUGUCAUUGCCUCACCCGGGUCAUUUUUGCAGCUGGGAUCAAAAUUGGCGUUACAGUUCCACUCAGGAGCGGCUGAGUCACGUGCGACACCUACUGGUAAAAUUACCGGUCCGGUUCGGUCCGGUAUUUGGCUUAAUAUCAAACCGGUUUGAAAUUUUUUACAUCGGCCCAACCCUAGUGGCCAUGCAGUGUCUCACCCUGUGGUGACACUGCGCUGGCUGUGACCGCUCUGCAGUUUGCUUGCUAUGAGAGGACAGCUUAGUGGGCUUUUAGUGGGGUUUACACUUCAAACACUUUUAUUUCAGAAUAUUUAUUAGGAUAUAUGGCAAAAAUAUAUAUGGUCAAAGUGUGUGUGUGAGUGAGUGUGUGUGAUAUAUACUGACAAGCAUAUGUCUGCAUUCUUAUUAACUAUAUGUAUUGUUUUCCAAACCAAAGUUGAAAAUAUCAUAUAUACUUUCAUUUCAUUUUAUUUAAGUUUUUCUUUUUUUUUGCUUGGGGGACUUUUUAAAUAUGACAUUGUGUCUUUUUAUAGAAUAUUUAUGUCUUAACUAGAAGCACUUGAAUCAUACCCGUGCCUAACGUGAAUAAACAGCACAGAAUGGAUUGUAAAAUUACAUAUUUAGCACUUUUUUCCAUUAGUAUUUAAUUUGCGCUUAUCUUGUUGAGCACAAAUAUUCUGUGGCACCGAAGCAAUAUUAUGCUUAAAGUAUCAUCCGGAUCUUCUCUAUCAGAUGUGUUCUUAUAAAAUGGGAUCAUCACAGGAAGCAAAGGAGGAGAGUGGUCUUCAGGGUUGAUAAAAUUGGGAUGGGACAUAGGUGUCUUCACAUUUCAUAUUUUAAUCUGAGGUGCUCUGGAAAAUAUGGAAUAUAUUGAUGAAAAAAAAAUGUACAUUUUACUUUAUCUGUUGGAUACCAUCUAAUUUCCAUCUCAAAUGUGACAACAGCAGCAUCUUAUCCCCAGUUAUACCAUGGUCUAGGUGAAUAUGUGGUUCUGAUUGGCUGGAAGAUGCAAGUUAAAAACUGAUAACUGCACAACUGUGGCAAGUAGGUCCAGUCAAACGGUCUGAUCACCGUUCUAAAUUCAUACGCCGGCUACCGUUGAUACAAGGUCAACUUGUGAUUGCAGAAGCUGAAAUGUAUGAUAAAGAACACUUAUUUUACACUAAUUACAUCCACACUUAAACUAGCUAAGCAGCUUGGUGUGUAUAAGUGCCAUAUUUAUUCAGUUUGGUGAGUGUCCACAAAGUAUGAUAUGUUAAGGUACACUAUAUGACCGAAUGUAUGUGGACUCCCCUUGGCUGUUUUUUUUGGUUUGGGCUAGGCCCCUUAGUUCCAGUGAAGGCAUAUCUUAAAGCGACAGCAUACAAUUAUAUUCUAGACAAUUCUGUUCUUCCCCAGCAGUUUGGGGAAGGCCCUUUUCCUGUUUCAGCAUGACAAUGCCCCCUAGCACACAGUGAGGUCCAUUUAGAAAUUGUUUUGUUGAGAACGGUGUGGAAGAACUUGACUGGCCUGCGCAGAGCCCUGACCUCAACGCCAUCCAACACGUUUGGGAUCCGUUUGAAAGCCAACUGUGAGCCAGGCCUAAUCGCCCAAUCAGUGCCUGACCCCACUAAUGCGCUUCUGGCCGAAUGGAAGUAAAUCCCUGCAGCAAUGCUCCAACAUCUAGUAUAUCCCUGUAUAAAGCCUUAGGCUAAAGCCUUCCCAGAAGCGUGGAGGUUGUUAUAGCAGCAAAGGGUGGACCAACUCUAUAUUAAUGCCCAUAAUUUUGUAUGAGAUGUUGGAUGCCAGGUGUCCACAUACUUUUGGCCAUGUAGUGUAUGUUGGCUCCCGUCUCAUCACAUCGAAUGAAGACAGCUUCCCUACAAUUCUGCUACAAAAGUAUGCCUGCAGUUUUGAAGCAAAUUGAGUAUAUGGCUAGCUAACUAUCCAUGAUGGAAAACAUACUGAGACCGUUUUGACCCAAGAUCAAAUAUAAUUUAAAGUUACGCAAGUGACAGCGAACCUAGCAUGGUUCCUUGCUACCUGACCAGAAUGAGCAGGAGUAACAUGAGCUUGUGGUUGCUAGGUCAUAUCUAUGUGUAUCUGUUUUGCUUAACAUUUUUUUGAAUACAAAACAUUCAACAAGAUAAAGUGAAUGUUCAUUUAAAGUUUUUGCAAGUGACCAUGGUGUAAUGGGAUAAUCUACUUGCCCUGGAGGCCUUGGCACAAAUGUUCUUUUAGUGACACUAUUACAACAUUAUAGUAGAUAAUCUAGCAAUCACCAAAUGGUUCUGUUUCUGUGACUAAACAUCAGAAGACUGAAAACUGGAAUUGUUAGUUACAUUUCAUAGGAUGUAAUAACAGUAUUUUAAAAAUAACAAAAAAAAUCUGCUUCUAGUUUUGUUUUUUAUCCAGUACAUGUUUAUUUACAUGUGGGUGCAUAUGUCUGAAUGUAUUCUUGUUUUAAAUUCUGUAAUGAAGUAGUAUUCCACACUCAAUCAGAUCUUAUUUGCAGUUAUUAUCCUGAAUGUAUUGCAUUGGACAUAAUGUGCAGUAGUAAAUUUAUUAAGAAAUGGUCAUAUACACCUGUUUGAUGCUGAUCUUUGCCAGUAAGUUGCACAGAUAACGUGCAACUGUAUCCAUAUUUCAGUUUACCUUAAACUCCACCCUAAUCUCAGUUAGCCAUAGUGAUUUGUGUUUAUGAGUUUGUCCAGACUGCCAGGUUUAUAGUUAAUGCAGUGCCUUGGAAUGGGAGUAUCAUAAAGUGCACUUUAUCUGAUAAAAAAACUGGCAGGCACAAACCUGUGUUUAUAAUGCUCAGCAUAAAUUCAGAGAUCAAUAAUUAGCACAUAUUAACACUCCUGAGCUAUGAGGCUUUCCUCAGAUGAAGUUCACAUUUAUCACACAACACAUCUUGGUUUAUGGGAGUUUUGUAACAUCAGAAAUGGAAGAGGUAUAGAGGAUUGUGCGGGGAUUGAUUCAGGCAAUAUCAAUUUGUCAAAAUUCAUUGUUGUUUCAACUAUAAAUCAUAGAUGUUUUUAGUCCACGUUCUGGGAGUAUACGUGUGUAUUUGUGUGCAGGGCAACCUGCAACAGCCAGUUAUGGUGGGAUGCUCUGCUGUAGAAAGGGGCUGGUUCCUGCUGAAAAUGUACUGAUAUAUGUUUUUUGCUUAGAGCAGCCUUGAACUCUGCUGUUGUGGCGUCAUGUUAAGUGUAAUUUCCCUAAGAUGCCAGCAGAGGGCAACAAACAUGCAGGGACGGUGGAUGCGGUCUAUUUUGUGGAAGAAAGCAAUGUUGCACUAACACUGCCUAGCAAUGGUAGUGCAAACCAUAACCAGUCAACGUAAGCCAUAAUGUGAUUUGCAUUUGUGUUUGGGUGAAAACCAGGGGAGGUUUGACACAGGGUCUUAUUGUUUGAUUUUGAGUAUUUAUCAGAUCUAACAGGCAUGGUUGAAAUAGAGUGGAUAUUUAAAGAAAAUAAAUAAAUUACAAAGGAAGAAAAGUGUGCAAGGAUUUAAAUUUGAGAUGCAUUCUUAGAGGUGAUGUGACCAAUAUUUUCGGUUUUAAAUUUGUUCAUUAUUGGUGGCUGAUUGCUUGUGAUUUGAACUCAACAGAUUUCUAAAUGAGGCCAGUUUUUUCGUAAGUUUAUAAAGAAUUUUAAAGUUCUUUUUUAUUACCAUUGGUGCAUUACAGUAAAUAUGGGAUAGGCAAUUUAUUUGAGGCAGUUUUAUUGUGUAGAUUUAGGUCUACAUGAUGGUGUGUGUGUGUGUUUACGUGCAUGUAUGUGUGUUCACAUAUCCUGUGCUUCAGAUUUUAGUGCAGAUUGGUCUUGGAGUAAGCAGAUGCUUGACUAAAACCGAUAACUUUCCCCUUAUGUGUUCAGAUCUAAAAAAAUAUGUCAGGUCUGCUAAUUAUGAAUGGUUUGUUGUACAAUAUUUUAAAGGGUGACUGGGUUGGGAGACACGAGGGGCAGUUUACAAUAUGUUCAACUGGGACUUCCCCGGGAACAACUUUCAUUCAAGUGUAUACAUGUGUGUUUUAAAACUCGCAUAGAUUUAGGGAACUAAGUGUGUUACUGUUGUCACAGGUUAGCUGAUCCUAAGAUUCGAUAGCUCCUUUAAUCUUCGCUUAAUCUCCCAUUAAGAGGUAAAUUCACUCUGUGGUUCCCAGAUCUCCGUUCUGUAGUUUCAAAUUGUUACAGAAAGCAUAUGUACACUUGUAUUGCACUGAAUGUAAUGUACAGUAAUGUAACCAUAACAAGCUGCCUGAUUUUGUGUGAAUUGUACUCUCACACACAGCAUUGGGAGAAUCAAAACUGUUAAGUAGUCAACCAGGAUUGCUGCACACAGGUGAAUCCCCGGCUGUUUAGAUUUUUAAAUGCAAGCACACUCUGACAAUGCCAGCAGGUCGUACACUGCAAACAUAAAUAGUAAGGUGUAGUUUAUAGUUCCCUAACAGCAAUAUGACUGUCAUAUGAUGCUUAAACACUUAUUUCUCAUUUCAAGUACUCUUCAGAGAGUUGAAAGCAAUCUCACUCUAAAUUUUCAAAAUAUUUGCAUGAAUAUAUUCUUGGGCUAAGAAUUUGUGCAUACUGUACGUCACCGUGAAUGGCAGUUGUGCAUUUGAACAGCGGCCUUGCUGAUAUGAAUGUAAAUCAGUGUCUGUCCCCAGCCCCAUAUCCCGUAGUCCUGAACUUAUAUUCAGAAAAUUUAUGAACUCUUAUUCUGCUGCUUAUUCACAAAACAUCAGGGGGCACUGGUCCCUCUAGUCUAUGAAAAAGACCACUUAAUGUUCCUCUAAUCAAACUCAUGUUUACACAUUAACUUUCCCCCAACAUAGCAAUCUGAAAAAGAGUGCAUGCUUUUUUUUUCCCCAAAUCCAUAUCUGUUGCAUUUGCGGAUUAAUUUUGCUAAAUCAGUGUGCCCCUACAGCUAGAGUUAUAUUUCAAUAUAGUGUUUGAGUCUUUGCCUCCCAAUUUUCUUUCUUCAAAUAAAAUGACUUUGGGGUUGUUAGGAUCUGAGGUUGUGUUCACAAAAUAAUCUCAGUGGCGCAAAUGAGAAUUGGCCGCAAGCUUGGAAAUUUAAUUCUCAGCUAAAAUUUGUACCUAAGAAUGUUUCCAAACGGACUCCAUGAGGAAGUCGCAACAAGGAAUUAAGACAAACCGAUAAUGAACAAAGUGUGCCUUACGUCACCUUACGCCACCCGGUGGCCGUGAACGUGCCAUAUUACCAUAGCAUUCCAUAUGUGGAUAUGUGUCUUACUGUGAAGUUGGGCCCAAUCAGGUUUGAGGAAUAACAUAUUUAGAAUAUCAGUAGACAGAUAUUGUAGGACAUUUGGAAAAUAGACUCUGACAUAAAAUGUGCAAUCUUUCAAAAAUGGAUAUUUGGCCUAAAACAAAAUGUAUAUGCAUAAGAUACUAAGUGAACCUACAUUAGGGUAGCUACAGAUCUGCCAAGUUUAGAAGUGAUUUGGCUUUAACACCUCUAAUUUGGAAGUGGUGCCGUUUCCUUGUCAGCUACUCUUUUUUUAAUUUUUUUUAUUAAUACGCUGCUCAGUCAGAUAAGUGUAUUCUUACUCAUUCAGUCACUGUACGUGUUCCAUCUUGGAUAAAAAUAUGAUGAAAAUAUCAGCUGUCCAUAACCCCCAGCAGUCACUCUGUUAACACAUAAAGCUCUCUGAACUUACUGUCAGGUCCUAGGAGUCCUUUGAGUGAUUUAAAAAUCUAAAACACUAAUAAUUGUUUUAUAAUAAAUUCUUAGAUUUAAGGGAUGGUUUUCUUUCCUCUUUUUCACAUAAAUGGAAUUUGGCCACUUUAGUGCUGCGCGUCCCACUGAGAUUUUUUUAUCUGAGCACAACCAAUGGGCUGCUGAUGGCUGCUGUGAAGUUUGGUUCAAAAAAUCUGCUGUAGUAAAUGCCAGAAACUGAUAGACUAUGUAUAGAUAUAUAUUCAUACAAAAUUAAGCUCUACCUUUUUGUAAAAAUUUACAAUCAAUAUGUGAAUGGAAUUAUGAUUUUCCUCAUUUUGCUGUACUGUAGUGAGCCGGAAGAGGUUAACAUUGACAUUUUAAAAGCGGAGUUUGUAUCCUCUUUGAUGGGUUGAUUAUUCUAUUUUUUCUUUUGUAAAGUCCUUUUGGAAAAAAAAAAACAAGAUGUCUUUUUAAUGUGUGUUUCGUUCCUUUUUAUGAGGGGGAAAACCCUUUCAUGAUUGAUUGUAUUUAAUAGAGUAGACUAAUGAAUUUUCAAGUCUUACAAGAUUGUGCUGAAUGAACUCAUGAGUCUGUAAAGUCCUUAAAAAAUAAAUAAAUACUUCGAUCUCUGUUUAAA